CUUGCCCCCAGGGUAAGAAAUAUAUCUCUGUUUGGCUACUAAUGACCUGGUCACUGACCAGACAGUCCCUUCGAGAUGUUGCAAUGGACUUCAUCCCCUGCAAGGGCGACUUGCAACAUAGAACUGUCAUGCAGAGAUCAUCCUUGGGGAAACUGCAUCUUCCCCAGGCACGUGGAACUCCCCAGGGAAGCACAGAUGAAUCACAUUUCCUUUUUCAUCAUCUAACGAAGGUGACUGGAGAGCAGCUCUGCGUUAGUGCCACAGUAUGAGAUUUAGAGCCACUUUCAGUUCUGCACGUCUCUAAGCAGCCUUUUUUUGGAACAAAACCAGCCAAUAAGUAAGCUGCAGAGGACUGACUUUCCUUCACUUAUGAAAGUUAAAACGUAAGUAAAUAUCUUGAUGUAAAGAAUUUUAUAGAUUUUCAUUCCAGGGAAGGCAGUUUUGGCUGGUCACAUUUCAAUAAGACAUUAAAAAAACAUGCUUGUGCGCAUUUUUUUUCAGUUGCUGUCAUUACCAUCUGCAAAACAGGUAGUAAAAGCUGAUGCUACGAAGAUUGGUUUUGUACUUUUUGCUGUAAGACUAGCAGAAAAAUUGUCAGUUAUCUUGUUGCUCGUUUAAAUCCACACACUUGAGCUGUGAUUCAGCAAAUUCCCAGAGUAACUCUUGUCUGAAACCCAGGUUCCUCCUUGUCCUGUCCUGAUGGGGGUGGAUUUCCCCUAGAGAAGCCAAUGAACAAAAGCUCAUUUAUUUCUGUACUCAAUGAAAAGGAAACUUGCUCCACCAUCUCCCCACCUCUUCCUGCAAAACCUUAGCUCACUUUUGCACUGAUCACUUCAGGUUGUGAAUGAAAAUGGAAGUGAGCAGCAGCAGAGCUCGGACAUAGAAAUUGUUUGCAACGGCGCUCCCUGGCUCUGCUCCACAUCUCAUAAAUAAUAGCUCUCACCUCAUUUUAGCUACAAAGAAAAGCAAAAGCGAGUUGCCUGUGUCUUUCUUCAGCAAACUUAAAGUGCUCUCUCAGAGAGGAAGGACUGAGCACUCUGUUAUUAACUGGCAUUAUCAAGGAAAUACGCUUGCGGUUUUUUUAGCUGCAAUUUUUUUGCCACUGUUGCAACAGCAUCUUGAUGGGGAAGCUGAUCUCCAAAGGCCAGCGCAAAAGAGAUGCGCGAGUUGUCAUGCUGGGGCUCAACUUCGCUGGCAAAUCCACCCUUCUGUACAAACUGAAGAGCGGCCAGGCUGUGGAGACCUGUCCAACGGUGGGCUUCAACGUGGAGUCUCUGCAAACACCCUGUCACAUAUCCUUCACCCUCUGGGACGUCGGUGGACAAGGCAGCCUGCGGGCAAGCUGGCAUGACUACUUGGAGGACACCAAUGCCCUCAUCUUUGUGCUCGACAGCACGGACACCACCCGGCUGCCUGAGGCAGCAGCGGCACUGGAGGAAGUGCUGAGCCACCCCAGCAUGACUGGCAUCCCUGUCCUCCUCCUGGCCAACAAACAGGAGGUGCCAGGAGCACUGGCUCCCGCCGAGCUGGAGGAGAGGCUGCAACAGGGACGGCUAGCAGGACACCACUGGGUGCUCCGAGGUUGCAGUGCCCACACCGGAGAGGGCCUGCAGGAAGCCCUGGCUGUCCUGGGAGAACUGCUGCGGGUCUUGAGCAGAGCUCCCUGUCCCAAGAGCAGUCCCUCACAGGGCUGGUGGGAAGGAAGCAAGCUCCAGAGCAAAUCUGAGCCUCAGGAAGACCUUUGCUGCCUGCAGGUUUGCCACAGAGGAUCCCAGCCUCCAGGUACCUUCUAAGGACCUCUCUAUUAGGUCUUUUCCAACCUUGUGAUUCUAUGACAAAAUGAGCAGAUCUGCAGUUGGCAUGUGCCCCACCAACAAGCACCCAGCAGCUUUCCACCAAAACUCACCAGGAAGACCUCUGAGCAAAAUUUCCACCAUGGAACAUUUUUGGCUCCAUCUCUAGGGCUCUCAUCGCUGGCCACAGCUUGUCUUGCAGUCACCAGGCUCUGAUCAUCCAUUGCAUGCAGGUCCAGUGCUUCACCAGGGAUGCUUUUUGGCAGAGCAAUAUAAAUUAUAAGAGAGAUGUGCCCAAGGCAAAGAAGGGGUUUUCUUCUUUCUGCAGCUCCCAGUCCCGAUGCAGCUGUCCUGGUGGAGGAAUCCUCACAGGGGAAUACUUGAAUGUGCCCUGCACCACUUCUUGCUUAGCUCGGAUCACAGGUUCAUCAACUGGAAAAUCAGGCAGCCACUAAAAGGAAUGGCUGGACAGGAGCAGCAUAUGCACAGGACUUUGGACGGCUGAAGGCUAAUUGGUUUUAAUGUAGCAUCUGCAGUAUAAUCUUCAAGCCAUGGAAGCAAGUCAGGAUUCUAUGGCAUAAUGCACAUCAAGGAUGUGUAUAUAUUAAUUUUAUAUUACUGUCUACAUUUCUUGGUUUGUGUCUUCCGUUUGUUAUUUUUAUCAAAUGCUGAUUUAAUGAAAAUGUUACCUCAUUCUCUUUGGAUUAUAUUUAAAUACCAAGAAAUCAAACCUGACUUCUAGGUGCUUGAAAACGUAUCUACAUGGCCAGGCGUGGUGGACAAAGCCCUGUCUCUCAGUGUUUUUGAAACUGGAUGAGACCACUCUCUGGGCAAUGGUUGGACACAGGCUGGUUGGUAACCCAAAGGCUCUCUACACAAUCACAUUCAGAGCAGCCAAAAUGCUCGGCACAGCUAAUGACGGAGCUAGGUCUUUGCCUGAUCCUGCUGAACCGCUGGAAAGACUUGUAAAUUGUGUACCUGAGGGCUCCCUGUACCAAAAUUCCAUUAUUCAGGGUUAAAGCUAAGGAAUUUCAUAGCAGUCCCUAUUUUAUUAUUAAAUGCAUUAAAGUGGAUGUAGUCUUCUUGGACUUCAGUAAAGCCUUCGACACAGUUUCUCACAGCAUUCUGCUUCAGAAACUGUCAGCCUCUGGCCUGGACAGGCGCACACUCUCCUGGGUUGAAAACUGGUUGGAUGGCCGGGCCCAGAGAGUGGUGGUCAAUGGAGUUAACUCCAGCUGGAGGCCAGUCACAAGUGGGGUUCCUCAGGGCUCAGUACUGGGUCCGGCUCUGUUCAGUGUCUUUAUCAAUGACCUGGAUGAAGGCAUUGAGUGCACCCUCAGCAAGUUUGCAGAUGACACUAAGCUGGGAGGAAGUGUCGAUCUGCUGGAGGGUAGGGAGGCUCUGCAAAGGGAUCUGAACAGGCUGGACUGCUGGGCCGAGACCAAUGGGAUGAGGUUUAACAAGGCCAAAUGCCGGAUCCUGCACUUGGGGCACAACAACCCUAUGCAGCGCUACAGACUGGGGGAAGAAUGGCUGGAGAGCUGCACGGAAGAGAAGGACCUGGGGGUGCUGGUUGACAGCCGACUGAACAUGAGCCAGCAGUGUGCCCAGGUGGCCAAGAAGGCCAAUGGCAUCUUGGCUUAUGUCAGAAAUGGUGUGACCAGCAGGUCCAGGGAGGUUAUUCUCCCUCUGUACUCGGCACUGGUGAGACCGCACCUCGAAUAAUGUUUCAGUUCUGGACCCCUCACCACAAGAAGGAUGUUGAGGCUCUGGAGCGUGUCCAGAGAAGAGCAACAAA